CCUCAUUGUUCAAAUUUGAAACUAAACAAAAUGGCGGCCUCCAUAUCGACGAAAAUCUUUAUUCUUGUCUCCCGGCCAUCAGCAGCGAUUGUUCCUCGGAUUACCCCUUUAACUCCAUUACUAGGUGAAAAUUUCGUCUUCAGAAUCUGUGGGGUGAGGUUCUGUAGUAAUUUUAAGACAAAAGCAGCCGUAACUAAUGGACAAACAGACACUGACUUUGUGGACGGCCACGAUUUGUCCGACCAUGCCGACGAACAGCCGCGGGUACAGGAGCCACCACCGAUAUGGAAGAUGACCAGGCGGUAUCUGGCCAAACAGUAUGCAAAGCAGGGAAAAGCAUCAGGUGUUGAUCCCAGUAUCAUGUGGCCAACUCAGACCGAACUUGAAAAUAUCAUCAAAGAUGAAGAGGAGUGGUGCCCGUCUUUGCAACAGAUGCAGUCAGAAAUAGCAGAAGAAAACCAUGCCAUCGAGUUGAAAAGAAAGAAAAGAGAGCAGUUGAUUGCAGCCAACAUGGCCAAGAUGCCCCGCAUGCUCGCUGAGCACCGCAAGAAGAUGACAGAGAAGGAAGCAUUGGCACAGGAGCAGAUCGCCAAGCGGAAUCGUCUCCUGGAGGAGGCCAAAGAGAAACUGGGAUAUGCCAUUGAUCCCCGCAGCACCCGCUUCCAGAAGAUGGUCCAGGAGAUUGAGAAGGAGGAGAGGAAGAAGAAGAAAGAACUGAAAAAGAAAGGCAUCAUUGUAUAGCGAAAGCACCACACGUGGAUAUGAGACUGUAAAAUGAGGCCAAUGGUCAAUGAUGACAAGGACUUUGAUUUUUCAAGUUGAUUUUUUUACUGCAUACGUUUGUACACACUGCUCCAAAUGAAGGUAUAAUGGACUUUCUUUGGUAGUACAAAAUCAUACCAUCUCCCACAAUAAAACUUUGUUCAGCAGAACAAAUCUUUUGAAAAUUUAGAGUAUAAUUUAGAUAAUUGAAAAAACAUUACAUUGCAAUCUACAAGCCUCAUCAAUUUGGUUAAGGGUUGUGCGAUCGAAAGGUGAAAGAUAUGUUUGAAGAAAAGGGACAAAAAAGAACAAUAAAAAGUAAAUGUUCAAAAACUAAUGUAUCAAAUUCA